AGGAAAGAUUCCGGAUGUGCUUGAUUGAGCACUGAUUGGUAAAUUGAGGGGUCAGGAAGAACAGUUCCGCGCGAGGAUUGGCACUGGAGUGUCCCAUGGAAACCGAACCCAGAGCUGCAGCCAGGACUUUUCACGGGGGCGGGACAGGGUCUUUCCAAGGCGCAUGCGCUAAACUUGCUUCUCGGCGCCAUUUUGUCUAAGCGGCGGUGGCUGCAGUUCUAUCGCGUUUCAUGUUUCUGGAGAGACGAUCGGGAAGUCCUCCUUCCGUAGAUUCUUUUUAGUGCGGCACCCGUCCGCGGUUCCCUCCAGAACAUGAUCUAAUGAAGAUCGGAGGAGUCGCGGGUCUGUUUAAAAGUUGGUCUGAAGAGAACAGGACCUCUCAGUGACAAAUACCCGGAAGUGUUACUGAGAAAUAAAACAUCUAGACUCUGCCUCUGAUUCAGUACCUUCUCAAAGGUCAUCUCAACUUCUCUCCAAACUUCCUGCUUCUCUUCUCAACCUGGGUGAAGCUUUCCAUGAUACCUCCACAACUGUGGUCCCUUUAUGAAUGAUAGAAAUAAAAGCAAGUAAGAUGGCUCUAGUAGCUCUUAGUUGUCUUGAACUUCAUUUGAAACCAUUUUGUUAGAUUGUAUUGGGACAGCUGAUACAUCAGUGUGCAUUUGAAAAAUACAAAUUCGGUGAAUUUUGUGUAGCCAUUUUAAUAUUGAAGAUGGAAGAUAAUAAGCAACAUUUUCGGCAUAUUAUGCUUUUUUAUUUCAAGAAAGGUAAAAACGCAACUGAAACACAAAAAAAGAUUUGCGCAGUAUAUGGAGAAGGUGCUGUGACUGAUCGAACGUGUCAAAAAUGGUUUGCGAAGUUUCGUGCUGGAGAUUUCUCUGUGGACGAUGCUCCACGAUCAGGUAGACCAGUUGAAGUUGAUAACAAUCAAAUCAAGACACUAAUUGAAAACAAUCAACAUUAUACCACACGCGAGAUAGCUGAUAUACUUAAAAUAUCCAAAUCAAGUGUUGAAAAUCAUUUGCACCAGCUUGGUUAUGUUAAUCGCUUUGAUGUUUGGGUUCCACGUAAGUUCAGUGAAAAAAACCUUCUUGACCGUAUUUCUGCAUGUGAUUCCCUACUUAAACGAAAUGAAAAUGUUCCAUUUUUAAAACAAAUUGUGAUGGGUGAUGAAAAGUGGAUACUUUACAAUAAUGUGGAGCAGAAGAGAUCACGAGGCAAGCGAAAAGAGCUACUGUCAACCACACCAAAAGGUGGUCUUCAUCCAAAUAAGGUAAUGUUGUAUAUAUGGUGGGAUUGGGAGGGAGUCCUCUAUUAUGAGCUCCUUCCGGAAAACCAAACAAUUAAUUCCAACAAGUACUGCUCCCAAUUAGACCAACUGAAAGCAGCACUUGAUGAAAAGCGUCCAGAGUUAGUUAACAAAAAACGCAUAAUCUUCCAUCAGGAUAAUGCAAGACCGCAUGUUUCUUUGAUGACCAGGCAGAAACUGUUACAGCUUGGCUGGGAAGUUCUGAUUCAUCCUCCAUAUUCAUCAGACAUUGCACCUUCGGGUUUCCAUUUGUUUCGGUCUUUACAAAAUUCUCUUAAUGGAAAAAAUUUCAAAUCCUUGGAAGACUGCAAAAGUCACCUGGAACAGUUCUUUGCUCAAAAAGAUAAAAAGUUUUGGGAAGAUGGAAUUAUGAAGUUGCCUGAAAGAUGGCAGAAGGUAGUGGAACGAAACGGUGAAUAUGUUAUUUAAAAACUGCAUGAACUUUUUGGACAACCCAUUCUUUAAACCAUUUUUCUUUUUUAGGUACCAGCAUCAAGGUACUCCACCUUUUCUAAAAAUAAAUUUGUUGCUUUGUUCAAAGUAAAA